AUGGAUCUUAUACGUGAAGACAAUCACCAAAACAAUGAAGUAAUCAAUCAGACAAUGGAUGGACACAAGAGGUUGCGGACAAUGAGGAGGAUUGGGGUCCGCAUAUUGAGGAUUGCAAUCAUUUGUAUUUGUUCAUGUAUUAUGACGGUGAUACAAGAAUCGGCCAAAAAAUGUAAAAAGUUUGAAGAGCUCGCCGGAGACGGCUCGUGCUUUUUGUCCUGGGCUAAGACCAAGUGUCCUACUGAAAAAUCAGUAAUAUCGCAGGCAGAUGUGGACACGUAUAAGGCUUGUGUCAAAAAACACGCCGAGCCCUGCAUUCAAGGAAACACGGUGCUUAAAACUAUGUACGUGGAUUUGUUGGGCAAGUUUGAUUUAACCAAGAUGUGUGAUCCUGCGCAUCAAAAAAAGGCUGAGAGCUAUGUCGUGGAAGUGUUGGAGAAAAACCCCCACUUUCUGGAGAAAGAGCACGAGAAAGAGUGCUCAGUGCUCAGGGAAGCUAUGGAAGAGACCAAGGUGCUGGUGUUUAUGACGCUCGCAGUGGCCGUAAUCGGGCUCAUCGACUGCAAGUGCGAUAUGUUAAAGGAGUUUAAGCCUGAAUUUGACGAGAUUCAGGCCUGGGCUAAGAAACGGUGCGCAAACAAUGCCAAUUUGAGCCAGGCCGAUUUGGAUAAGGCGAAGGGUUGUCACACAAAACAUAUUAACCCACAUCUGACCAGUGCUGACGGAAAAGUGGUCCACAAAUUUCUGGAGCAAAGAGUGUUUAUUAAGGAAACACUAGACGUUUGCACUAAUAAAGGCACUCAGGAUAGGCUUAAGAACCAGGGUAUGAGCGAAGUGGGCGUUUCCCGGGGUAUGAAACUGAAGAAGGAGGUGGAGGCCAACUGUCCUAAAUUCAAAGGAGGUUUCCAGGGCUAUAAUGUGUGCAAAUCUAUUACCGACGAUUUUACAAAAAUGACCAAGCGUACUGUAUUGGCAAGCAACAUGUUCAAUCACUCAAAGGAUCAGUUGUUUAUGGAAAGUAAUUUACAGCCAUUUUCUGACACUUUACCGAUAAGUUGCGAGGAGACCACUACAGAGGCGGGAGGGGUGGAAGUGCCCGAAUGCAAGUACCACAAAGUGGACGGAGUGGCCGUCUGUCCAAACGUGACCAAAGGGGGAGCCAUACCGAAGCUCAUGCAAUGCGCCAACAAAAUGAAACACGACUUUAUGGGCUUUUGUAAAAAACCACCAAGCCCAGAAUUGUUAGAAAAGGUGCAAGAACAGUGCCUCAUGGCGUGCGUAGUGCCCUGCGUGCCCACCGACAUGACCGCCCUCAUGGGUGAUUGCGACAUAGAUGUAGGUGGCAUGGAAAUCAGCAUGGACAUGUUUUGCGAUAAGAAAAAACAGAAACUGGGCAAGUCGUGUGCGUCGGCUAUGUUUAAGAAGAAUAAGAAUAAAUACAUGAAUUUGUUUAACAAACAAAUUCAUUUGGAUUGUUAUGCGAGAAUCAAGAAAGAAUUGGGUAUUAAUUAA